AUGUCAUCCGCACCCGAUAUCGAUCCGUAUGCCGUGUUAGGAGUCCAGAAAGAUGCGACAUUACCCGAAAUCAAGACCGCCCAUCGAAAGCUCGUGCUGAAAUGCCAUCCCGAUAAGAUCAAGGACGAGUCCCUGCGAAGUAAGGCCCAAGAUGAAUUCCAGAAGGUGCAGCAGGCCUACGAGCUGUUGUCCGACGAUACCCGAAGAACCAAGUACGACCAAAAGGUUCGCCUGGCCGAGCUCAAGCGCGAGAUGAUGGCCCGAGGAGGAAUGCCGUACUCGUCCCCGCGGGCGUCAAGCAGCGCUCGGGAGUAUCGCGACGGGCGCAUCUACGAGGAAAGAACCCCCGCCGAACCCUUCGAAGAAGAGAUACACUUUACCGAGGCGCCGCGCACUACGUCCCGCAAGUACGAGGAGUAUGGAAAGCGCCGGAGUGCGAAACCGGCCGAAGAGAAGAAGAAGACGACCAAGAGCGUUCCUGUAAAUAACGUUCGUGCCGCAAAGGACACUGCCGCUCGCGACAGCGCGAAAGCGACCCACUCCAAUCGGGCCAAGUACCGUACCAAGGAACGGCGACGGGAAGUCUACGAGAAGAACUAUGAGCGGGCCUAUGGGGAUUCUGAAGAUGACGGCGCUUCCGACUCCUCGGCCUCGUCUGUCUACGUGCGUGUCAAGCGUCCUUCGGCCCGGAGUCGGGAAUCGUCUUCUCGGAAUCCCAAGCCCGCGGAGCCUGCUCGUCGGAGUAGUCCUCGCUAUCAAGAGGAGGCCAAACCCGCAGAAUCUGCUCGUCGAAGUAGUCCUCGCUACAAAGAUGAGGACUAUGCCGAGUGGGAAUCCAAGCACCAAACUGCUCACGAGUACAUUCUCCGCUCCAAAGGCAGAGCCCCCGUUGAAACUGACGCACGCCACCGCUCUUCCCGCUCGCCCCUUCGCCACCGCGACUACGAGUCCGCUGAACCGGAGUCGUCCUCUUCCCGUCGCUCUGGCCGAUCGGCGCGAUCAAGCAAGGAAACCGUGCGCGGGGCCUCCAACCAGGGCUCUUACGAGCAUCUUGAGCCUCAGUCCCGGUCUUACGAGCAGAAGGUCCCAAGUAUGCCAACGGCCGCCACCUCGCCUGGAAUCAAGACUUCUUCCUCCUCGCGGCCUUCUCUUUACCCUUCUCGAUCCGCCACCACUCAUUCUCACCCUCGAUUGAAGCGCGAGGGCACGAGUCGAUCGGAGCAGGUUCUCCUCGGCAUGGUUUAUCCAGACGGUCCACCUCGAGCUUCCAAGCUAAGAGGCGGUGACCGAUAUGAUUCGGGUUACUCCAGCCCGGGUACUCCGGAAAUGCCGGCCGGGGACAGCCCAUCCAAGGCUUCGUCCACUCGCUACAAGAUUGUCACCGACCCCGAGACUGUCGUGGUUGAACCGAGCAUACAGUCCCCUCCCCAUCCUUCUCCGAGACGUACGAGAACAUAUUCUCCUCCGCGUCAAGAACGCCCGGUGCGGCCGAGUGCCAAGCCGGUUCGAAGUAGCACGAGCUACAGCUACAAGCCGGAUGCAUCCAAUCGCUUUGAAAGCGUCCGGCCUUCCCCCUCCCGACAAUCCUCAUCUCGACCCCUCUACGGCGAGGUAGAGCAAGGUGCGCGCGCGAAAGAUAGAGAUUCGAAGUAUGCUCGCGAAAUCGGGCCUGAACACAAAUACUCUACUCGUGACGCCCGGGAUCCUCGCGAUGCCUAUCCCCGGCAUCACUACGACGAUUACCGCAAUCCACCUAUGGGACGACGACAAUCAACUUACGCGUAA